AGCGUCGGGAGGGAUGGAUGACAGAAUGACAGCAGUGCGCUCGGAAUAAAUGCUCGCGUACCGGAGCGGAGUGGCAGGAGAGCACAGCUUCUCGCGCGCUGCGUGUUUAUACGGCGGCUCGCUCGGACGUGCCACGCGUCUUCUGAGCGGGACAUCAGGAGAAAAGUCUUAACCUUCCGUCGGAAUAUUGGCUAAGGGGGGCAACCACGCUGUUUGAGGCGAUAUUUGCAGCUUUUCAAAGUGGAGAGAUCUGACGCACAGCAAGACACAAUGCAGGAAUCUGAGCCCAGCGUGUGUCAGCUGCAGCCCAACAUCAUCUCAGUGCGCCUCUUAAAAAGAAAGAUCGGUGGGCUGGGCUUUCUGGUCAAACAACGUGUGUGCAAGCCGCCCGUCAUCAUCUCUGACCUCAUCCGUGGUGGGGCGGCAGAGGAAUGCGGGCUGGUUCAGGUCGGGGACAUCGUCCUGGCCGUCAACAACAAGCCUUUGGUGGACCUGAGCUACGAACGUGCGCUCGAGACCCUGAAGAACGUAUCGCCUGAGAGCCACGCCGUCCUCAUCCUCCGCGGACCCGAGGGUUUCACCACUCACCUGGAGACCACACUGAGCAGUGACGGGAAACCCAAAACGAUUCGGGUCACCAGGCCCGUUAUCCCCGCUCAGAGCAGGCCGUGUGAUCGAUGUUCGCCUCUCAGUCCCAACAUGACCAAAGAGCUCAGGGCCAUAGAGAACCUGUCCUCUUCCUCUACUCCCAGGAAAGACCCACGGGAGAGCAAACCCCUGAUUCCCCUGCUGGCCCAGGACUCUCUGCUCAGAGAAGGAGGCCAUUCAGCCCUUCUCCUCAACGGUGUGGAGGAAAACAACGACCUGCUGAAGGAGAUCGAGCCAGUGCUGAAGCUCAUCAAGAACAGCAAAAAAGAGAUCAAUGGAGAAGGUCAGAGAGCUAUAGAGAGGAAAGAUGUCGAAGUGCAGGUGGAGAGAGACCUUGGUGUGGGAAAUGGACAGAACGCCCAGCUGGCGUCGGAUAACGACAGAGUGUUUGAUGACCUCUGGAGAAAGGACAACAUGCCUACGGUGCUUAACAACCCUUACUCAGAGAGUGACAAGCCCCAGUCCCAUGAGAGAGGUUCCCCGACUAAGCCAGUGCAGAACGGAAGUCCCACCAAGUGUCCCAGAUUCAUGAAAGUGAAGAACUGGGAGACUGGAGCUUUAUACAAUGAUACUUUGCAUCUCAGCUCCAGCAAGGUGCCGAUCUGCACUGAGCAUGUUUGUAUAGGCUCUGUUAUGGCACCAAACCAGCACAGUCGCAAACCUGAUGAAGUCCGAAGAAAAGAGGAACUGCUACCGCUUGCGACAGAUUUCAUUGACCAGUACUACACAUCAAUCAAAAGAUGCGGCUCAAAAGCCCAUGUUGACCGGCUAGAAGAGGUUAAAAAAGAGAUAGAAACUUCUGGAACAUAUCAACUGAAGGACACAGAGCUAAUCUAUGGGGCCAAACAUGCAUGGAGAAAUGCAGCUCGCUGUGUGGGACGGAUCCAGUGGUCCAAAUUACAGGUGUUUGAUGCUCGAGACUGCACGACCGCUCAUGGAAUGUUUAAUUACAUCUGCAACCACAUCAAAUACGCCACCAACAAAGGAAACCUCAGAUCGGCUAUUACCAUCUUCCCCCAGAGGACAGACGGGAAGCAUGACUUUCGGGUUUGGAACAGCCAGUUGAUCCGGUACGCAGGCUACAAGCAGCCUGAUGGAUCAAUUCUCGGAGAUCCGGCCUCAGUGGAGCUUACGGAGAUCUGUAUACAGCAAGGAUGGAAAGCUCCAAAAAGCCGUUUUGAUGUUUUGCCCCUUCUCCUCCAAGCCAACGGGAAUGAUCCAGAGCUUUUUGAGAUUCCUGAUGAUCUUGUCCUUGAGAUUCCCAUCAUACAUCCAAAGUUAGAAUGGUUUAAGGAGCUGAAUCUAAAGUGGUACGGCCUUCCUGCUGUGUCUAACAUGCUGUUAGAGAUCGGGGGACUGGAGUUCACAGCCUGCCCCUUCAGCGGCUGGUAUAUGGGGACUGAGAUCGGCGUCAGAGACUUCUGCGACAGCUCUCGAUACAACAUACUUGAGGAAGUAGCUACAAUGAUGGGGCUGGACACGAGAAAGACUUCAUCCCUGUGGAAGGACCAGGCUCUGGUGGAGAUCAACAUCGCAGUCCUUUAUAGUUUCCAGAUGUCAAAGGUUACCAUAGUAGACCAUCACUCAGCCACUGAGUCCUUCAUGAAGCACAUGGAGAAUGAGUACAGAGUGAGGGGAGGCUGCCCAGGUGACUGGGUUUGGAUAGUGCCGCCCAUGUCAGGCAGCAUUACACCAGUUUUCCACCAGGAAAUGCUCAACUAUCGCCUCACACCUUCUUUUGAGUACCAGCCUGACCCAUGGAACACUCACGUGUGGAAAGGGGUGAAUGGGACGCCCACAAAGAAAAGAGCAAUUGGAUUCAAGAAACUUGCCAAGGCUGUGAAAUUCUCCGCCAAACUCAUGGGACAAGCCAUGGCUAAAAGAGUCAAAGCCACCAUCUUGUUCGCCACAGAAACUGGGAAGUCGCAGGACUAUGCAAAAACGCUCUGUGAGAUUUUCAAGCAUGCGUUUGAUGCCAAGGUGACGUCUAUGGAUGAAUAUGACACCGUCGACUUGGAGCACGAGACGCUUGUGUUAGUGGUGACAAGUACGUUCGGCAACGGGGACCCUCCCGAAAACGGAGAGAAAUUUGGUGCGGCACUGAUGGAGAUGAGACAUCCCACCACCAGCGUAGAGGACAGAAAGACGUACAAGGUGCGCUUUAACAGCGUCUCUUCAUAUUCUGAUACACGCAAAUCCUCCAGCGACGAACCUGAAUCCAAAGCCAACUUCGAGAGCACUGGGCCACUUGCUAACGUCAGAUUCUCUGUGUUUGGCCUUGGCUCUCGGGCAUACCCACACUUCUGUGCGUUUGCCCACGCAGUGGACACACUGUUCGAAGAGCUCGGUGGGGAACGAAUCCUGCGCAUGGGAGAGGGAGAUGAACUCUGCGGCCAAGAGGAAUCUUUCAGAACAUGGGCCAAGAAGGUCUUUAAGGCUGCAUGUGACGUUUUCUGUGUCGGUGACGAUGUUAAUAUUGAGAAAGCGAACGAUUCCUUGAUUAGCAACGAUCGUAGCUGGAAGAAAAGCAAGUUCCGGAUGACAUACACGGCGGAGGCACCGACACUAACCCAAGCGCUUUACAGCAUCCAUAAGAAGAAAGUUUACGGGGCCAAAUUUCUGAUAAGACAGAACCUACAAAGUGCCAGAUCGAACCGGUCGACUAUAUUUGUGCGUCUUGAUGCCAACAACCACGAGAGCCUGAAAUACCUGCCUGGUGACCAUUUAGGCGUUUUUCCUGGCAACAACGAAAUUUUAGUUACGACUCUCAUCGAAAAACUGGAGGACGCACCACCUGUCAAUCAAAUUGUGAAAGUGGAGUUCUUGGAAGAAAGAAACACAGCAUUGGGUGUGAUAAGCAACUGGACAGACGAGAGUCGUAUUCCGCCGUGUACCACCUAUCAGGCUUUCAAAUACUUCCUGGACAUAACUGCCCCUCCAAGUCCCCUGCUACUGCAACAGUUUGCUCCUCUAGCGACUAAUGAGAAACAGAGAAAGAGACUAGAGGUGCUCAGCAAGGGUUUGCAGGAGUAUGAGGAGUGGAAGUGGUUUAAUAACCCUACCAUAGUGGAGGUGUUGGAGGAGUUCCCAUCCCUCCAGAUCCCCUCCACCCUUCUCUUGACCCAGCUGCCCCUCCUACAGCCUCGAUACUACUCCAUCAGCUCCUCUCCGGACCUUCAUCCAGGAGAGAUACACCUCACUGUGGCGGUGGUGUCCUAUCGGCCCAGAGAUGGAGAAGGUCCUGUGCACCACGGAGUGUGUUCCUCCUGGCUCAACAGCUUGGAAGAAGGCGAUACGGUGCCGUGCUUUGUCAGAGGGGCCCCGACGUUCCGUAUGCCAAAAGACAGCCAGGUUCCGUGUAUUCUGAUUGGUCCAGGCACUGGAAUUGCUCCAUUCAGAAGCUUCUGGCAGCAGAGACUGUAUGAUAUUGAAAACAAAGGAAUCAAGGCAUGCCCCAUGAUCUUGGUUUUCGGUUGUCGGCAGUCACAGAUUGACCACAUUUACAAGGAAGAGACCAUCCAGGCCAAGAACAAGGAAGUGUUUAAAGAGCUUUACACCGCAUACUCCAGAGAGCCUGGGAGACCAAAGAAAUACGUCCAGGAUGUGCUUCGCGAGCAGCUGUCUGAAACAGUGUACAAAUAUCUGAGAGAAGAAGGAGGGCAUAUCUACGUCUGUGGAGAUGUCACCAUGGCCGGAGACGUACUGAAAACAGUCCAGCAGAUCUUUAAACUGCAUGGAAACAUGUCUCUGGAAGAUGCCGGCUUCUAUAUCAGCAAACUAAGGGACGAGAAUCGAUACCACGAGGACAUCUUCGGUGUAACCCUGCGCACUUAUGAGGUCACCAACCGUCUAAGGUCUGAGUCUAUUGCAUACAUCGAAGAGAGCAAGAAAGACACGGAUGAGGUAUUUUGCUCAUAGUCACAUUUUCCGUCUAUGUAUCGCUGAUUUUUUUGCCCAUGCUCUAAUCAGCCAACCAGAAGCAUGAUGGGACGCCAACCAUGAUUCGCGAAAACUGUGCCAAGUUUGUCCGUCAAAAGUUUAUUUCAUUUUUUUUUAAAUGGAAUAUAUAAUUUUCUUUGCUAGGUCUUGUUUGAUGUGCAUCUCUAUGAUCAAAAUCUGCAUUAACACAAGUACCUUUCACUUGAAUUUCUGAAUGCACUUUUUUAUGUGUCUUUAAGCUUCGUCCUGACUAAUGGGCUGCGUGCACUUAGACAUGGCCUGCCUUUUUUUUAAAGUGUAAGCAAGAUCAGUGGCUUUCCUCAUGUGCAACAUGCGUAGAUAUUGACUUCACUCUUAAAAGAUGGGACGUUUUCGGUUAGGAUAGCGAGUCUCGGGGUCUCUAUCCUUGCUAAAAAGAGAGGACAUGCUCGUAUUCACAAAAGGUGAAUCUCUUUUAAAAAAAAAAAAAAAAAAAAAAAAAAAAACUCACGUAGACCUCUUGAAGCGAUCCCAUUCACGCUGUCCUUGGCCUUAAAAGUGGGUUCAGAUCUCAUUUUGGUCCAUUUUUGUACUUUUUGAUUUUGACAGAAUCACAGCCAACCAUUAUAUUAAUUUUAUCAAUAAUUUGUUUUCUUUAUUUUCUUCUUUUUGUCUGCAUUAUAAUAUAUUAUUUAAUAUUGAACAUAAUGUGUUUUUUCAUUAAGGGUGAAACAAUUGGAAAAAUAGAAACACAAAACUUAAAAACACAUGGCACAAAAGGCAUGGAAGUUAUUUCUUUAUUUUUGUUUUUUAAAUUUUACCUUUUUUUUUUGCACGUGAGAAGUUAGUGGAUAACUGAGAAUGAAUUGACGUAUGUCAGACGAGUUAGACCUGUAAAAAACCUCUCUUCUAAAUGAAACACACACUGCUAUUUGACACCAAACUGGUUUCCAUGCAUCUAAACAAGCUGAAGAGUUAAAUAUCCUGUGUUUAAAUAUCCCCCGAGGCUAGUAUAUAACUGUCUUAUUAACAACUAGCCCUUAAUAUACAAUGAAUUUUAAUGGAAUUUCAGGAAAAAUAAACUGGUUAUUUUUGUUAUUAUUAUGUUCUGAUACACCGUUAAAAAACAACUUACUUUCUAAACUAAUUUAUUAAAUAAAAUACAACUGGUUUUAAAGAAGACUGAUUAUCUAGACUGUAUUAAAAGUUGUUAAGUCAGUUUUCUUCACUUAUAAGGCAAAUGACUUCUGAAUUCUAAUUAUGCGCACGUCAUUUCUGUAUUAAAACCCAUUUCAUGACUAGAAAAACCCUCAAUACAAAUAAAAGAGAUUUCAAUUUAGAAUUUCUUUUGUUCUUGAGUUAACUGAGCUUAUAAUUCAGAUUUUUCCUCAGAAUUCUGAGGAAAAAAAAUUUCCACCAUAGACUUUUUCACAAAUUUUCAGAAUAUUUCACACAAAAUAACAUACAGUGGCUUUAAGAUUAAUCAACCUAAGAUGAAAACACCUUUCAGUAUCUUUCAAUAUCCAUUUAUCUCGAGCCAACUGUGAGAAAAGACUGUCUAGGUUGGUUCUUUUAUGAAACAUCCUUGAAUCUCUGAUGAAACUGAAAAAGGUGAUGCACCUGCUUUGCUUUAUUAUGCGUCCUCCGCAUCCCUUUUUCCCAGUUUCUCUGAGACAUGGCUGUGACGACUCUUCUCUUUGACUCCAAACAGAGACCUGGAUCUCUUCUUUAGAUCGAAGAUCAACCGUCGUAGUUGUCGUUUCGUAUUAAAGGGUGACCGCUUGCAACACCGAGCAAAAAAAAUCAAUGCGUUGCGCAUAGUCCAUUUUUUGCAUGCAAUGCCUUUUCGAUGGCUUUGAAAGGACCUGUUUUCUGGCAACGAAUCCUUUAAGAAAAGUCACUGUUUUGCUUUUCGGAAAUGUACUUUCAGUUAAAACCUAGCUCGCUUCGGAUUUGCGUUUAAAAAAAACUUUUGAGUUAUGACUGGCCUCCGGCAUGAAAAAUAUUACAUGAGGUAAUUUGAUUUCGAGGGACUUUCUGCUUUCUGUUGUCUUUCUGUAGGAGAAUAUUCUUGUUGUAUGUACGCUGUUAACACUGAAUGUUUCCCUCCCCACGUUUGGGUUUUGCACCGUUCAAACUCUGUGAUGACAAAAAGUCGGGCAAAAAAAAAUCACACACAUGCAUAUAUCAAAACCAGUAAAUAUCUAAAUAUAUAAUAUGUAUGAGAAUUUUUUAAGAAUGUAUUUUGAUUAUGGGUAUUGAUUUGGUUUUGUCCCUCUGAGUUGCUUGUAAAAUAUGACGUGAAUAUAUGAUGUCUAAUUAGUUUGGGGGGGACCUGAAGCAUUAUUCUGAAUGCAUGAUGUUAUAGCGUCCUGUUUUCUCUUAACCUGCACUGUGUCCGUUUAACUGUUGUGAUCGCGUCCUUCCUCUGUGACUGGACGGAGAAGAAGCUUACGGGGGUUUUCUUUUUCCCUUUUUGUGUUUGUUCUUUGCUGCUGCUAAAAGAAACUGUUCCGAUCAAUUUCCGCUGUGAAUCUUCUUUUGUGGAACUUCGAACAUUGAAACAUUUGCCAUUUUAAUGCAUAUACUGCAAGAACUUUGCAUCUACUUAAUAAUAAAAACAUUUGUAUGUCAAGA